GGUUCGAAUGACGAACCCUUGCUUAUGGAAACACGUUGAAUCCGGCCCGGCACAACUCCGUCAGCUGGCACUCGGGCCUCUCGUACUUGUAUGUCACUUUUGAAUCUGCAAUUCACCACCACAAGCAAGAAAAUCAAGAUGGCCGAGCACCUGGGAGCCGCUAUCCGUGAACGCUACGCCUGCAAGGCCUUCCUGCCUGAACCAGUGCCAGAUGAGACGCUCCGGGAGAUCCUCAAACUCACUCAGCGUAGCCCUAGCGGGUUUAACACUCAGUCCUGGGUUUGCAUUGUGCUGCGUACGGCCGAGGACCGCGCAGCACUGACGACUGCCAUGAUAGACAGCAACGUCCGCAAGGUCAACGAGGCCCCCGUCGUGGUCGUCUUCGCCGCCGACUGCGAGCCUAGUAAGAACGUGUCGCGCAUGCAGCAGCUCAACCGCGACAAUGGUGCGCCGGAUGAGUUCGUGAACAAAAUUCCGGCCCUUGUAGAGCUAUUUUCGGGCGAGCACAACCCGGAGGUCUCGACCGAGGCGUGGGCGUACAAGCAGGCCACGUUCGCUGCCGCAACCUUCUUGUAUGCUGCCCAGGUGCAUGGCCUCGCUACGUGCCCGAUGGAAGGAUUCGACCAGAUCCGUGUAAGAAACGCGCUGGACAUCCCGGACCGCUACGGUGUGCCUGUAGUGAUCGCUCUUGGCCACGCUAACCCGGACGCCAAACCUGAAAAACCUUCGGCGCGACUAGACCCGACUGAGAUCUUCUUUGACGGAAAGUUUGGCAAUUCAAGUGAGAAGAUUUUCUCCGACAAGUAACGAAAGUAUGGACUCUAGCUAGACAGCUAACCUGUUUACAGUUUUUAACACACACCUUAACUGGGCAUCUUAGCAUGUGUGUGACCGCUUACCAUUGAGCGUUGCAACACACCAAGUUAAGCCCUUUGUUCUUAUCUUC